AUUAUGACCGGUUCCGGACAAAGCUCCGUGGUUGAAUAUCCUAACCAUUAAUCCUUGGGUCGCCUUCAGCCCAUCAAUUGAACUAUUUGCAAUUCUUGAACUGUGAAUUUCAGCGAUAAUUUUCCGUGUUCAUGGGUCAAAUCCAGCACAGAGAAUUUGGUCUUAAUUCAUUCUACUCUAUCCCCAAGUGGUAGAAGUCCACCUAUUCUCACUUGUUCCCUUGCUCGUGUGAAAGCUCCCUACUUUUGUCACAGCACUUUUCUCUGUAUUUGUUGAAUUUAGACUGCCUCCUCAAGCACAAGAACCAUGUCACUUAUGGUCGCUAAGCAUCAAUAUCGCCCCGUUGACUCUAGCGAUGAGGGCGUAGAUGUGGAGUUAACGACCUCGCAUCCUGACUGCGAAUUGGCCUGGCGGCGGAGAUUCUAUAUCCUGCUCGUGUCCUCGUUGUCCGUAAUCUCUCUUCUGAUUGCAGGAUUUGAAUACAGACUCAAUGCAUUCUCAUAUCCAUCGCCCAAACCGGGUGCGAAAAUUCCAUAUUCACCGGCACCGGUGACUUAUGUCAACAAAUGGCUCAAGGGCGACCCUGACACUCCCAAAUUCAUAGGUCAGCCGCGGCCAGAAAUGGACCAGGCUUGGCAUGAUUUGCUCUCUGCAACUGCCAUUCGACUAUCAGAGGAAGAGCUCGUACUGGCGAAUAAUGCGACUUCUAUAAGACACAAGGAUGGCGGAUAUGUUGGUGGACUUGGAAUAUCGCAUUCGUUGCAUUGUGUCAAACGGAUCAAGCAGUAUAUGCACCCCGAGUACUACUACGAGGGAGAGCAGGCCUGGGAUGAAUUAUUCUUACAUGCCGACCAUUGCUUGGAAUCGCUCCGCCAGGAGGUGAUGUGCUCGGCAGAUGUGAGUGUGUACACGCUUAAAUGGACACCGCACAGCAGGUACAAGCCGUCUGUCAAAGUUCCCCAGCCUCAUGCUUGUGUAGACUGGGAGGCCCUGCAUGAGUGGAUGGCAGGUAGGGCGGCAAGUCUAGAUGAUGUCGUUGGUCCGCCUGAGAGUUUAUAUGAAGGCAUAGAGACAAAUUCUGACCAUCCUCAUAACUGAUAUAGGUAGCUCCAUGGCUUCGACAGAGAUAAUGAAGUGUCAGCAA